UAGAGAUAUACAUAAACAGGCCAAGGUCCUCUUUUCUCUUCAUUUUGUGGUGGUCAAGAGGGUUUGUUCCAUACAAGAAAACCUAGAAUUUUUUCAACGAAGAACAAGAUACAGCCUUCACAACUUCAGAGACGCCCAAAUCUUCUCUCUACUUCUGUCUCUCUGUUCUUCUCUUUUUCUUUCUUUUCCUUUUUCACACACCUCUUAUCUUCGUCAUCUUAUCUUUAUCUUUUCGUAAUCGGCGAUGGAUCCAUAUUAUAUGGUUUCUUCAAUCAUCGAGCUUCGCAAAGGAUUUGGGUAAUAAAAGCUGCAAUUUGCUGCUUCAGUUUCAGAGUGUUAUAUUAUAUGCCCUUAGUUUCCUUUCUGUUUAUUGACCUUGAAGAAUAAUGAGCUUGUCCAAUCAAGGGGCUUCCGCCAUUGACAAAAAGCUUAUCACAACAGGCAAAACAAUUCGUUUAAAUCCAGAUGCAGCAGAAUUUGUUCCAUUUGCUCUAAGAUCACCUUCUGCAAGUGUUGCUGCUCCUGAUGCAUCUUCAAGUUUUGGUAAUUUUGGUGCUACAACACCAGGGAAAGCAGUACUAGACAGAUCAGAGUCAUCUGUAUCAAAUAAUUCAGAUGAUGAGGCUCACCAAUACUGGCGUCAUCAGCUACCUGAUGACAUCACUCCAGACUUCCAUGUUGCAGGAGAAGAAGAUCCUCAAGGAAUCAAUACACUUCCCUUCUCAACCUUAUCUCUAGCAGAUGUCAAUGAAACAAAUGGAAAUAGCUUUAACAAAAAGAUGGGGUAUCCCAUUUCAUCUUCCUCAGCUAGUUUUCAACCUGCUAAACCCUGGGACAUUCAUGGUGAUCAGCUACACAACGGGCCUUCCUACAAUGGUGAUCCUGUCCAUGGGUACCUAGAUGAUAUGCUUAAUGAACAACAGAUGGAAGGAACAGAAGUAAACCCUCUUGAGUUUCUGGCUUCCCAGUUUGCAGGUUUUGCAGCUGAAAGUCUUGCAGAUGUUUAUUUUGCAAAUGGAGGCGACUUGAAUCUGACAAUUGAGAUGCUUACUCAGCUUGAGCUUCAAGUAGAUGGUGGUGGCUUAAAUCAGAAUCUAAACUCAAAGGCUCUAUCUUCUCCAAAUCUUAGUGCUAUGGAUUUUCCUGCACUUUCUCCUACAGAUGAUCAAAAUGGUGUCCAACAGCAUAUUAAUCCCUAUCGUCCUUUAGAGAAAGAGAACUUGCUGAUGUUCAAAUCUUCAUCAGGUGGUGCUCCACUUCCAUCUGGUGGUGCUACAGAUUUUGCUUCUGCUGUUAGAAAAAUGGCUUCACAGGACUCAAGCAUAUGGAAAUAUAACAGAAACCCUUCGCAAGAUUCCACCAUUGGAUCAAGUAGAAGCUCUCAUGUCUUGGCCAGUGCUUAUAAUAAUGGUGGACAUGGUAGGGUCAGUUAUGGAGAUAGAUUGGGUGGCCGGAGUUCAAACCGCUCAGCCCCUGUUUGGCUUGAAACUGGAGAUGCUGUUGCAAAUAUGUAUUCUGAGAUGCGUGGUGAAGCUCGUGAUCAUGCACGUCUUCGCAAUGCAUACUUUGAACAGGCUAGACAAGCUUACCUUGUUGGAUACAAGGCUUUAGCCAAGGAACUAAGUGUGAAGGGUCAACUACACAACAUGCAAAUGAAGGCUGCUCAUGGAAAAGCUCAAGAAUCCAUAUAUCGUCAAAGGAAUCCAGUGAGUCCAAGUAUGCAAGGAAGAGGGGGAGGAGGAGGAGGAGGAUCACAGGAAAGGCUGAUAGACCUUCAUGGGCUGCAUGUCACAGAAGCGAUUCAUGUCCUGAAACGAGAUCUCACAAUGCUGAGAAACGUUGCCAGGUCAGCAGACGAGCAUGUACAGGUGUACAUAUGUGUUGGGACGGGGCACCACACCCGUGGGACCCGCACGCCAGCUAGACUCCCGGUUGCAGUCCAGAGAUACCUGCUUGAAGAAGAGGGGCUUGACUACUCUGAGCCCCAGCCUGGGCUCCUUCGGGUCCUGCUAUAUUGAAGACAAACACCAGCCAUCAGGUAUUAUAUACUACUUCUUUUUGACACAAUAAAAAAAAAGAUUUAAAAAAGAAAAAAAGGCUUUAACCCCAUGAAAAUUGGAAGUAUUUGUUUGUAUAUGGGAAGAAAGAGAUUAGUUGGUAGCCUGAAAAAAGAAAAAAAAAAAAAGAAGAAGAUGAAAAAAGUGUAUCUGUGUAUGAUUUAAGGUGUAACCAUGUGUUUUGGUUUUGGGUAGGAGGGAGGAUUCGUUGCUUAUUUUUUGUUAACUCAACUCAACUGUACUGUAAUUUUUGUUACACAGUUUGCACUUUGCAGAUGUAAUGAAUGUAUGAUGAUUGAUAGAA